AUGGAAAAAGAUAGUGGUCGUUAUCGUUAUGAACCUUAUCCAACAAUAACAAAACAAAAUAAUGGCAAUACAAAUUCAUUAAAACGUGAUAAUAAUCUAACAAAUAAAACAAAAUGUGAAAAUAAACGUUGUUCAUGUUUUGGACGUAAAAAAUCACGCCGACGUGCAUUUAUUACCGGUUUAUGUACAAAUUUAGGUAUUUGUUCGCUAUUAUUCGGUUACACUUUAAUUGGUUCAUUUAUAUUUCUUGCAAUUGAAGGUGGUUAUAAUACAUCAUUACAGCAGCAUAAUCAACGAACAUUAGCUGCCACUUCAUUAAAUGUACCUACAACAACAAAGCAACAAUCGUCACAACAACAACAGCAACCAACUUUUAAUAAUAGUUUAACGUUACAACAAUUAAAUAAUGAAGCACGUGAAAAAACAGUUGAGAAUAUUUGGGAUAUAACAGUGAAUUUAAAUAUUUUGUAUCGUGAUAAUUGGACACGAUUAGCUGCACAAGAGAUAACACGAUUUCAGGAUCAAUUAAUUAAACGAAUCACUGAUGAAAUGCAUCAUCAAUAUUUAACGUCGUCAACAACACAAGAAGUACGCGCAUUAAAUCAUAAUUCAUCGUUGAAUGGACGAUCGGAAUAUGAAUGGACAUUUGCGAAAGCGUUUUUAUAUUCGUUGACUGUUUUAACGACAAUUGGUUAUGGUAGCAUCGCACCUCGUACAACAUUAGGAAAAGUUGUUACAAUGGUAUACGCCAUAUUGGGUAUUCCUUUAACAUUAAUUUACCUCUCAAGUGUUGGUACUCUUCUAUCCAGUGUUGCUCGUGGUGUGUUCUCACGUGCAUUAUGUUGUUGCCUCUGUUCGAACUGUGGUUAUUGCUGUUAUGAUGAAAAACGUAUGGCAGAAAAAGAACGCCGCAUGAAAAAGAAACGUCAACAAUUGGAGCUCCAACAACAGUUGGCGUUACAGGAACCUUUUUAUGUGCGAUCGAAUUCCGCUUAUAACACGAGUAGUACAACUACACAUAAUAACUUACAUUCCCCAGUACGGGAUAAUUUAAAAGAAUCCGAUUCACUGAGUUGUAUGGACAGUGAAUCCAAAACUUCCAUGCAUGGCCUAAGUAUAUUGGCACCGAUCCUACUAUGCUUAUGCAUGAUGAUGGGGUAUAUUUGUUUAGGUGCCAUUGCUUUAUACAAAUUAGAAAAUUGGAAUUUAUUAGAUGGCAUUUACUUUUGUUUUAUGAGUUUAACAACAAUCGGUUUUGGUGAUUUGGUGCCUGGCUCCGAACCAUUUCGUAAAAAUGAAUCAAAUAGUACAAUAUGGUUUUGUUCUUUUUAUAUAAUGUCUGGUAUGGCAUUAACUGCCAUGUGCUUUAAUGUACUACAUGAAGAGAUUGUGCAUCGUUUACGGCAUCAAGAAACAAAAUCAUUACCAAAACUUAAUUCAUUCUCACAAUUUAAUGAUGAACAUGGCAGUAACACUGACCCGUUUAAUUUAACAUCAUGACAGUUUCAUAAUACGACACAUAAUACAAGUAAAAAUACAAAUUUAUAUCAUAGAAAUAUGACGGAAGAAACGCUGUUAAGUACACCGACUUCGUUAGAUUUGAAUAGUGCAGCAACUAUGGUGGUACCGCCAAUUGUUGUGCCACAAUCAUUUGGCGCACAUGAGAUGGUGCCGGUUAAUGUGAAUACUGGGAAAAUACCAGAAGUAUUAGAAGGUGCUGUUAUGACUGGUGUUUAUACGUUACCCGAAGAACC